AUGGGUGGCCCCAACGCCAAGCCUGCGCCUGCGCGAAAGACUGAGCGAUCCCAUGAGGAGAACCAAGAGCGAGCAUAUAUCGCUGCCUCAAGGAGAGCGGACCGAAGCAUUGAAGCCCGCGUCCAAUCUGCCAAGAUGGCCAGCGAAAUUCAUAAGAAGCGAACCGGGAAGGCUUUCCGUAUAACAGAAGAAAUAGUUAUGAAGGAGGAGAUGUACGAAGAGGAAGAUGACGACUUUCCCCGAUCUUACCGGCUUCUCAAGUCCAACAUGCAAACUCCCAACGCCGAGUUUAAUGCGAGAGUGGACGCUUACCUUACCAACCGCGUCGCCAUGUCACAGCUUCUAUCUGCUACUGAGGCUGAUUGGCGUAAUAACGAGAUUAACCAGACUUUCGCUCAAUUCUUCCCGCAAGCCCAGCGUCAAGCCCAGUCAAUGUCACACCGUUGGUCAACGCCAGGCUACUCAGUACCUCAGUCGCAGAAUAACCAUGUGUCGAGCCCCAUGGAACAGCAUUUUGACCCAAACUUUCAGACUGUCAACUAUGCACCACAUCAACCAACUAGACACGACGAGCGCAAUCAUUCAAUGUCGGGUCUAUCUCCCACCGAAUCAAGAAACGACGGUCCGGUAUCGCCACCAGCCCUUACUCCUGGUUCAGGUACUCACCCUGAGACGCCUCAGUCUCGCUGCGCUUCUAGCUUUGGAAACGUUCAGCCACCACCUAUGAUGGAUUUCAGCCAUGACGGUUCUGCAUUCACCACAGAGUUACCUGCUGAGGCUAAGAUGCUCUUGGGUGGUGUUGGCAUGAACGAUUUCAACCCCACGCUGUAUGGCGAGCACCAGAACUGGGGUGGCCAACAGUCAUUCCACUAUGGCGACGAUACCAAGUACUUUAAGGAAGAGGAUAGUGAGCUUGAUACUGGUUACGGAAAGUAUCCCGAUCCCGACACAAUGAACUGGGACGACGCCAACUUCGCAACGCCAACCAAGUAUGCUACCGACGAGCAGGAGCCUUCUUGGGACUCGUAUAUCAACGACACAGCAUGGGUCACUGAGCAACAGCAAUAA